AUGUCGAAUACUUCAGCAUCCCAGCUACUAGACGAUUUCCCCCUCGACCUCCUCGGCCAACAAGAGCGCAUCAAUCGUCUCUACACUCCCAUCACCUUCUGCUUCCCGCUCCCCGACGAAACAGAGAGCACACGCGCCGAAAUCAUCGAGACGCUGGAAGACGGCCUCUCCCGUCUGGCGCGAGCAUUCCCAUGGACGGCAGGCGAGGUGGUCGCAUGUGAGUCUGGCAAGUUCAAGAUCAGGGCCAGGUCCUCGCCUUGGACUGUCCCACCUUUGGUAAUCAAGGACUUCAGCGGUGACAACAAUGACGACGAUGACAACAAUGUCGCUUCGGUGCUGCCCUCGUGGGAUGAGCUGCAGCAGGCCGGGUUCCCCUUCAGCAUGCUGGACGAGGACGUGAUUGCGCCGUGCAAGACGAUGGUGGAGGACGACGACGGGGCGGUAGAAAGGCCGGUCCUGCGCCUUCAGGCCAACUUCAUCAGGGGCGGGCUGCUCCUGACGGUCUGCGGGCAGCAUGGAGCGAUGGACGUUGCGGGCCAGGCGCAGGUGAUUGCGUUGCUAGCCAAGGCGAUGCGGGGGGAGGUGUUCAGCCGGCAGGAGAUACAGGAUGGCAAUAUGAUCAGGAGAGGACACAUCCCGCUUCCUGAAGAGAAGGAGGAAGAGGAUGAGUACACAACUGGGCCAGACACAGGAGGCGAAACGCAACAGACGCCACCGCUGACGUGGGCAUACAUCGCCUUCGAGAAGAGCGAACUCUUGGAACGGGUGAAGAGACCCGCCUUGAAGGAGACGACCUGGACGACGUUUGUGUCUAAAGAUGAUGCACUUACUGCUUUCUUCUGGCAGGCCAUCAGCAGGGCCCGCGAGCCGCGGCUGCAGCGACAACAUCAACAACAACAAGAAGAAGGCGGCGCAACAACAACAACAACACUCACCCGCAACGUCGACGUGAGAAAGCACUUUGGCCUACCGCCGACCUACCCAGGCCUCUUUGUCACGUUUACAUCCCACACCGCGCCCAUCAGCGAACUGGUGCACUCGCGGUCGCUGAGCUCAGUCGCCCUAGAGCUCCGCGCCGCACUGGACACCGAGAGCCUGCGGCAGAACCUACGAGACCAAGCAGCCUCCAUCGUGCAGGACCCCGAGGCGGCGGCCAGAAAGGCUACAGCACAGCGGGCCCGCCCGGAUCUGGAUGUCAGGCUGAGCUCGUGGGCCAAGGAGAGGCUGUAUGAGGUGGACUUUGGGGUGUUUCUCGGAAAACCAGGGGCGGUGCGCAGGCCAAGGUUCGAGAGGGGUGCUAGGGAGGGUCUGGUUUACUUUAUGCCGAGAGGCAUGGAUGGGGAGAUGGUGGUGGGGGUUUGUCUGAGGGAAGAGGAUAUGGAAAGGCUGAAGGGGAGUGCGAGGAUUGCGAGUUUUGCAAGGUGGAUUGACUGA